UCAGCCCAGAAGAGAGACUUCUCACAGAUCUUCUCAAGAGUCCAAAGGGAGAUGGUGAUGAGGAGGAGGAAGGAGGAUCCCAUGAGGCCCCAGUGUCAGCAUUCAUCAUGCUCUUUGCAGUGAGAGCCUGAGACUUUCCAGCGCUGAACAUUUCUGUGUCUCAUCUACAACCACACCCUGAAAUCAAAUUCACAGCCAGGUGAACCAGGCACUGUACAAACAUGUCAGAGCUGCCUCCGCCCCCUUCUCUCCCGCUCUCUCUUGCCUUCUCCUUUCUCUCUCAAGUUUCUCGGAGAGUCAACGGAUUCCAGCGUGAGAAUAUUUUCACCUCACCACUGGUUCUGGAGCAGUGAGAAAUCUGGGGAUAUUAAUGACUUAAUGUACUGGAGAACCGAACAGUGAAGUAGUCUGAGAAGAAGAAGAGAAGCACAUAGCUGGCAUCAUGUUUCGCAAAAAGAAGAAGAAACGACCUGAGAUCUCUGCUCCGCAGAACUUCCAGCAUCGGGUCCAUACCUCGUUCGAUCCAAAGGAGGGUAAAUUCAUUGGCCUGCCCCCUCAAUGGCAGAAUAUUCUAGACACCCUAAAACGCCCAAAGCCAGUUGUAGACCCUUCAAGAAUCACCAGGAUGCAGCUUCAACCUAUGAAGACUGUAGUGAGGGGCAGCAGAAUCGAACUGGAGGGAUAUAUCUCUGGGAUACUGAAUGAUAUUCAGAAGCUUUCUGUCAUCAGUUCCAACACUCUAAGGGGAAAGAGCCCAACCAGCAGGAGGAGAGCUCAGUCACUUGGACUUUUGGGAGAGGACAGGCUCCCAGACAUGUAUCUUCAGAGCCCUGAGGUCGACUGGGAAGACAAAUAUGGAAACUACCUCAACUGCAAUGGUGGAAGCAAAGCAGCCCGAAGGCAGACGAUGUGGCCAGAUUAUAAACCCAGGACGGAUGGGCAAGCUCAUCCCAAUGGUAUGGUAAUGAAAGCAAAGUCCCUUGGGCCUUCAGAGUUCCAAGGUGAGGAUGGGCGCUGCAUCCAGCUCACUUCAGUUUCGCAGCAUCAACAGCACACCUGUGUUCUGGUUGGGAAGAGUGAUAAGGCUGAAAGAAGAAGCUCAGAAUGCUGGCCCCAGCCUUGCCUGGUGGCACAAGUGAAUCCCAGGCCUUCUGGGGAGGGCAGCCCUUGUCCCAAAUCAAGGGAAAACAGCUUGAAACGAAGGCUGUUACGAAGUGUGUUUCCCUCAUCCAGUGACUCAAAUAAGUCAGGCUCCGCCCUGCAGAUUAAGUCUAAUGCUUUCUUCAGGCCCCAGCAGUGGGGUUCUCCACGCAGCCCUUCAACCAAAGCCCAGUCUCUUCCGCCUGAUCAGCCAGCACCAGAUUUAACCAGGAUGAUUUCAGAAGCUGGUACCCCCCAGAAGAGCCCAACAACUGAGAAGGCAACUACAUUGCCACAGGGCAGGCCAUCACCAGCAGGAUCCCCCCGAAACAGACACACUCAGACCAGUUCCAGCAACCUUCACCUGUCCCAAGACUCUUCCGCUAAAGGACAGUUGGCCAAUGAAGACCCUGUGGUUGUGACUCAUGAGCAGUUCAAGGCUGCACUCAGAAUGGUGGUGGACCAGGGUGAUCCCCGGACAUUGCUGGAGAACUAUGUGAAGAUUGGUGAAGGAUCUACAGGCAUUGUCUGCAUCGCUCGUGAGAAGCAUUCAGGGCGACAGGUGGCAGUAAAGAUGAUGGACCUGAGAAAGCAGCAGCGACGGGAACUUCUUUUUAAUGAGGUGGUGAUAAUGAGAGACUAUCAGCACGUCAAUGUGGUGGAGAUGUAUAAAAGCUACCUGGUGGGAGAGGAACUCUGGGUGCUCAUGGAAUUUUUGCAGGGAGGAGCCCUCACAGACAUUGUGUCUCAAAUCAGGCUAAACGAGGAACAAAUUGCGACAGUGUGUGAGUCAGUGCUGCAAGCCCUUGCAUAUUUGCAUUCCCAGGGUGUGAUUCACAGAGACAUUAAGAGCGACUCCAUUCUCCUGACCCUUGAUGGAAGGGUGAAACUCUCAGAUUUUGGCUUCUGUGCUCAGAUCAGUAAAGAUGUACCAAAAAGGAAGUCCCUAGUGGGAACUCCAUACUGGAUGGCUCCGGAGGUUAUUUCAAGGGCCCCAUACACUACUGAGGUGGAUAUCUGGUCUCUAGGGAUCAUGGUGAUAGAGAUGGUGGAUGGAGAACCCCCCUAUUUCAGUGAUUCACCAGUCCAAGCAAUGAAGAGACUCCGUGACAAUUCUCCUCCCAAACUGAAAAAUUCUCACAAGGUCAGUAUGUCUGCAGGCACUUUGGCAUCUGAUGAAUCACUGACUGCCACGUGGGGACUGAGUAGCUGAGGCCCGGAUAGACUGUUUAUUAAUAUAUCACAUCUGGCUACGGAAUCCCAAUCACACGAGGACAUUAUUUCUUGGGAGGCACUUUCAUUCCUGUUCUAUGGAGGCCACAGGUUGGUGGAUUUAUCUCAGAGCUUCUGCUCGGCUCAGUAGACACUACUCAAGGGUCUCUUUCGGCUCUCAAUGCCAUGGCAAGGUACUGACACCUAGUGGCUAGUGUGUGAACUAUCCCUAGUAAAAUAUGUUUGGUUAUUGUAGCACUGCUUGCCUUAUAUGAUUAGAUCAAAUCCUGGCCCUGGCAAAGUCAAGAGCAAAAAUCUUGCUGAAUUCAACAGGGCCAAGUCAUCACAGUAGCAAAUGUGAGGAUCCUUGCACCUGGUGUUUUGAAAUCUUCCAUUUUAAUGGCUCUCUCUCUCAGCUGCAAAGCCACGUUUAAAAGGAAUGGUUCUAGGUAGAUGAUGGCUCAUGCAAUGAACAGCAGCCACUCUGAUAAUUAACCUAACUUGAUUAUUACUUAUAAAAAAUUAGCACUAAUGUUCAGAAAUAGUGAUUUCCUCUUCAGUCACGAGUUACAUUUUUCUUUUUAUUUCACUCCAGAUGUUGAAAACCAAAUCAUUUUUAUAGCUUUGUGAAUUAUCAUGUUCUUCACUACUAAAACUGAAUUAUUCCACUAAGAGUGUAAUGUUAAUUUAACAGGAUAAAAUUAGUAGAAAUUGCUGUGUUAGUUUUUUGCCUUUGCAACACUAAUAUUAAAAUCUCAGGACCAGAUUUUGGCCCCAGAGAAUCCUUAGGUGACAUAGAGCCAGUUCUGCCCUCCUCCCUCUGUGUAUGCACUCCUCCCUCAGAGUGACCCAUGGCUGAUGAGGUGACCCCUUGGGGGCAAUUGCCAACCAGCACAAUUUAUAGCCUUUGAGUUCUCUAAAUUGUCUUGGGAUGGGGGAGUGAAUUGAUUUACAGCAGACCUUGGGACCAGAAUGCGGACCAUAAAAGUAUCUAUGAUCAGCACUCCCUCCAGCCAUGUGAGUGCAGCUCAGUUGCAACUGAGGAUUCAGUGCUCCAUUACUACAAUUAACUGUUACUAUGAUCAACUAGUGCAGUACUGAGUUGACCAGAUUAAGCAGAAUUCACCACUUCUUUCGAAAUAUAGAUAGCUUUAUAGACUAAAUACUAAGGGCCCAAUUCUGCCACCUGUAUUUAGUUAAGUAAUGCCUCGCCCCUCAAGUAGCCCCAAUUAAGUCAGUGAAAUUACUCAUGCAGUAAAGUACUACUUAAUGCAAACAGGGUUGGCAGAAUCUGGCUGUAAGUGAACUCAAACUGCGAAAAUUAUCCCUAUAUGAAAACAAAUGUAAUUAGUGACAUUAAAAUAGAUGUGUAAGUUGUGAUUACUUGUUACCUACUUUUGAUGUUGAUAUAGAGAAAUAAAUGUCCAGCAUGUGACAUUAGACAUCCAGAUCCUGUUGUUAAUGGGAGUUGUACAUAUCAACAUGUCCCCCUAUUAAAAAUGAUUAAAACAUUGCAAUGGUGUUCAGAUCUAAUGUUUUUAAGUGUGUGCAGAUUUAUUCAUCUUCAAAUACCAGCUGUAUCAGAUUUCCACUCCAGACAUUGGAGAUUCACUCUGAAUUGUUUUCAAAUUUGCUACCUUGUGCCAUUUUCCCCAGUUCCAGUAGGAACAAGGAUUAAUUUACUAAAAUCCUAAUUUCUGAAGGGACAUAUAUUGUCCCUUCAGAAAACAAGAGAUCUAAUGAGUUUUUCCUUGCAAACCACACACCAGAGCAAAGAACAGAAAGAGAGGCAAAAACUAACAAAUCUGGGGACAAGGAGAGACAAUCCCAUACUCCCCAUUUGCCAACUCCAAUAAAAAUCAUGACCUACACGAAUGUGCAAAUAUAGUACCUAGUGUUAACAUGAAGUACUGCAGAAUAUCAGUAAGGGAGUCCUUCCCCCUUUAAAUUUUUGUUUGGGAACACCUGAUUUUUCACCUAGAGUUAAUCAAGCGCAGGAAUCUUCUUUUUUUUAAACCUACUAUUGUGUAAACUUUGACCUGACUCCAUAAGUCGCUUGACCUGAUUGGU